AUGGGUGAUCACGACGAGCAAGCUGAUAAUGACCAACCAGUGAGUUUUACAAAGAAUUUGAUUCAAUUUUAAUCUGUUUUUCUCAAAAAUAGAUAAACCCCAGAUAUUUUAUUAGCAGUAACUGAAUUCAUUUUUUACAGGUUCAGAAUAAUGAAAUAGAAGGCGAAAUCGAGAAUGAGUCAUACAGAAGAUUGCUGAUGAACAUGCAACAUAGCAUGAAUCAACUCUUCCGGAUUGAUGGCUUGGAUUUCGAAAAUCAAGAAUUGGUUCAACCACCAUAUUCAGUAAGUUUAAUGAGUCACAACAAGAACACAAAAUUCAGUCGAUAACUUUUUCAUUUUCAGUUCGCCACAAACUUGUCAAACAUGCUUCAUUUUGUAGCUGAUCCAACUGGCGGAUAUUGGCUAAGCCAAAAUGAUAUUGUUUAUCUGGUUAGUUUGAUUUGGGACAGAUGGAGUUACUUAAUAGUGGUUUCGUUUAUGUUUUUUAACAAGGCAGACCAUCUGAAUUUAAUAAUUUAUUGAUAGAUUUCUGAAAUCAGUAGUAAAUUUUUAUGUACAUAUUUCGAAAGUUCCAACUCCUAAAUCGAAUUCCUAGGUUCAAUGCAUUUUUUUCAGCAACAAGUUCAAAGGCAAAACGCAUUAUAUGCCCAGCUCCUACAGCUACAAGUUCUCCCGCAAGUGUUUGUGACUCCGCAACAACAACAAAUUCCUGAACAACAAGUUCAAGAUCAAGAAGAUGGCGAAAUUGUUGAGAAAGAUCAGGAAACUGAUCAAAUCAACAACGAAGAACAAAGCAAGAACUAA